ACCGACAAGGUCUGUCUCUCUCUCUUCUUCUUCUUCAUAUGCCAUCAAUCUACUUUCUUCUUUAAAUUGUUCCUUUCCCUCCCCUCUUCCCCAUCAUUUCUUCUCUGUUAGUCUUGUUUCUUCUUCCGGUCUCUUGUUCUCUCUCUCCUAGCGUUGGUCUCGAAGCUAUCCACCAACAACCUCGGUUCUAAAACGACUCGGCGCAAGCUCUCGGACUUUCGAAUAAAUCAAUAACCCACGCGACCUCUCUCUGUUCUAUACUGUAUUAUUCUGUAUUACUUGACUCGGCGUAAUAGCAAUAUCUCUUACAAAAGAAUCACAUCUGUCGCAAUGGCUUCAAAGAACGGCAAUGGCAAAAAGGCGCCGCCCUCUGCGGCUGUUAACCUUAUUGCUGGUGGUGGUGCUGGUAUGAUGGAAGCUCUCGUCUGCCAUCCCCUCGACACAAUCAAGGUUCGCAUGCAGCUCUCAAGACGCGCUCGUCAACCAGGAGCCCCUAAGCGCGGCUUCCUGAAAACCGGCGCCGCCAUCGUCGCAAAAGAGACGCCCCUCGGCCUGUACAAGGGUCUCGGCGCUGUCUUUACGGGAAUUGUCCCCAAGAUGGCCAUCCGCUUCACCUCGUUUGAAAAGUACAAGCAGUUCCUCGCCGACGAGACGGGCGCCGUGUCCGGCAAGAGUGUCUUUAUUGCUGGUCUGGCUGCCGGUGUUACGGAAGCCGUCUGCGUCGUGACACCCAUGGAGGUCAUCAAGAUCCGUCUUCAGGCGCAACACCACUCCAUGGCGGAUCCCCUCGAUGUUCCCAAGUACCGCAACGCUGCUCACGCGCUCUACACCGUCGUUAAGGAAGAGGGUUUUGGUGCGCUGUACCGCGGUGUGAGCUUGACGGCUCUGAGGCAGGGUUCUAACCAGGCUGUCAACUUUACUGCUUACAGCUACUUCAAGGACUGGCUGAAGAAGGCCCAGCCUCAGUAUGAGAACACUAACCUGCCCAACUACCAGACCACCCUGUGCGGUCUUGUGUCGGGUGCUAUGGGUCCUCUGAGUAACGCUCCCAUCGAUACUAUCAAGACACGUCUGCAACGGGGAGGUGCUGAGCCUGGAGUUAGUGCUUGGGCUCGUAUUACUCGAAUUACUACCCAAAUGUUCAAGGAAGAGGGAUUCUAUGCUUUGUACAAGGGUAUCACACCUCGAAUUAUGCGUGUUGCUCCUGGUCAGGCCGUCACCUUUACAGUCUACGAGUUCCUCAAGGAUAAGAUGGAGAGAAGUAACCUGUCUCUUGUCGGAGGCAAGUAUGAGGAGUAAAUGGUUAUAAGCGACUGGAAUCAACAUAAACAUCUGUCCCAAUCUAUUCUCGGCAGAUUCCUCUGUUGAGAGGGAUGCAGACGUCCGGCCAUCACGAGACACCAGGGAUCUACUUAUUCACACUUUAACUCACUGGGGAAAUGCAAAUGGCAAACAAUUGUACAUGAAAGGCAACAGGAGAGGAUCAAAAGUAUAGAGGAAGAUAUACCAUGCAUAGGAAUGACGGGCGGCUAUGUUCUUACUGCGCGCAUGCAUCUUUGGAUAAAUACCAGCAUUUGUAGUUUGGACAAUUGACUUUUUUAACA